ACAAUUCUUCACAGUUCACACUCUCGGAGGGUCUGGAAUUGGAUCGUCCUUGUCCUAUUAAAUAACACCGCCCACCGACUGUGUGAGUCCGAGUGUGAGAGAAACCAGUGACUGACUUUUCGAGAAAGAAAAACAAAAAUGAGUUUCCGUCAUUCCAUCAUGAACGCUCUUCCCAUUCUCCUCUUCUUCCUCUUCGUUUCUGCAUUAGUUUCUGCGAAGAAAACUGGUGAUGUGACGGAGCUGCAAAUUGGCGUGAAGCAUAAACCAGUAUCAUGUGAAGUUCAGGCACACAAAGGUGACAGAGUCAAAGUACACUAUCGGGGAAAACUCACUGAUGGAACUGUUUUCGAUUCUAGCUUUGAAAGAAAUAAUCCAAUUGAAUUUGAGCUUGGUACUGGUCAAGUGAUCAAAGGUUGGGACCAGGGAUUAUUGGGAAUGUGUCUUGGUGAGAAGCGGAAGCUGAAAAUACCAUCAAAACUUGGCUAUGGAGAGCAGGGUUCCCCACCCACUAUUCCAGGUGGUGCUACACUCAUAUUUGACGCUGAGCUUGUGGGAGUGAACGACAAAAGUUUAGGCGAAGGAAAAGGAAACAACGAACUGUAGACAAAUCAAAACAAAUGGAUAGUCGAGCUUUUGCUAUCUUAGCUUAUUUUUGUUCCUCAAUAAUAUGCUUUUAUGACCCAAGGUUUAACUGUUUUACUAUGAGGCUAAUUUAGAAAGAUUUAUCUGGUGUACCCCUAUCAUCUGAAUUCAUCUCUACCUAGUAUUUAGUAGCUAUUAAGGACCUGUUUGAA